GGCGGCUCACGUCAGAUUUGAAUUUGGAACUGAACUGAAAGUGUUCGACUGCGCUUCUACGCAAACUUUCUACGUGACUUAUAAACCAAGAAGUAUUCAAGAUGUCUCUGCUUCCAUACUUGUUCGACGACUUUUCUUUGGUACGUCCCCGCCGCCUUGUGGACCAGCAUUUCGGCUUGGCGUUGACUCCUGACGACCUCCUCACCGCGGUUGCAGCAGCACCUCUCGUCAGCAGGGACUACUACCGCCCCUGGCGUCAUCUAGCCGCCGCAGCCAGGGACCUCGGCUCCAGCAUCAAGGCAGACAAAGACAAACUCCAAAUCAGCCUGGACGUUCAGCACUUCGCACCAGAGGAGAUCAGCGUUAAGACUGCCGAUGGCUUCAUCAUCGUCGAAGGCAAGCACGAGGAAAAGCAAGAUCAGCACGGUUAUAUUUCCCGCCAGUUUGUGAGACGAUACGCCUUACCAGAGGGCACCUUGCCAGAAACUGUUGAAUCGAAGCUUUCCUCCGAUGGAGUAUUGACCAUCACAGCGCCAAUAAAGGUCCCAGAGGCGAUCAAGGGCGAAAGAAAAGUCCCCAUCGCCCAAACGGGGCCAGUUAGAAAGGAAAUCAAAGACCAAAGUGAAGGUACCAAUGAGAAGCCAAAAGCGAAGUAAAGUUGGCAGUUAUAAGUGUUUUCUAGGUUUAAGGUGCAUUCCAAAGACCUGGCAGUGCCAUUUUGAGACUGAUUACUUAAUUUUGUGAUACAUCAACAGAAUAACUUUUCGAGUUUUUAAUUUAAUGUUUAAUAACUGUUAAGCAAUUUUCAGAGUAUUGUAACUUGGAAGUUAUUGUUUGAUAAUUUAAUAAAUAACUUUAUUAAGCUUGUA